ACUUUCUGAACAGUUUGCACACAUUUUACUUUUAGUCUGGGAAAGACAACUGACAGUGUUAAAUGCCUACUAUAGUAGCUGUCAUGAAGUUAGCAACAAUUCUAUCGGAAUCUAUUUAAGCAAGGAUCCUGACUACAACGCAGACGUUUGCCUUGCCAAGUAGUUGAAGCCAAGUUACAAUGUGGAGGUCUUUGAAGAUACAUGUGCGAGAUCUCACACGAUGCAAAUUGAAAACUUUUAUCAUUCUGCCACUGAUAUUUGCGUUGGCAAUUCUAAUUAUCUGGCUACAUGGAGAGGGUGUGGAUACAGCCAUGCCAUAUGAACGUCAGAGCAAAAGGUACUUGCCAGAAGCCAGUGUCAAAUAUGAAAAUCAACAUCGGUUGGUUCAUCUAGACUUAAAAGGGGCACCGCCAAAGAUUUCUUACUAUGAACAGCUGUUCCCUCUGCUGAGGGAGUUUGGUGCAACUGGCUUGCUAGUGGAGUGGGAGGAUGUGUUUCCGUACUGGGGAGAUUUGCAGCUGCUGGCUGCACCACAUGCAUAUAGUAAUGUAGAAGUAGCAAAGAUGCUGCAACUUGCAGAAGACAACAAACUGGAAGUAAUUCCUCUGGUGCAGACGUUUGGUCACUUUGAGUUUGUGUUAAAGCAUGACAAAUUCAGGCCACUUCGGGAAGUAGAGAGUUACCCUAAUGCCCUCUGUCCAUCCAGAACAGAGUCAUUAAAUGUUGUCAAGGCUAUGAUAAGCCAGCUUCUACAGCUUCACCCAAACUCAAAGUUUGUGCACAUCGGUGCUGAUGAGGUGUGGCACUUGGGAAAAUGCAGUAAAUGCCAAGAGCGAAUGCAGAGUGAAUCCAAAACAAAGGAGCAUCUUUUCCUGGAUCAUGUGAAAUCUGUGGCAAACUAUACACUCGGCAAACAUCCUUCCGUCAAGGUUAUCAUGUGGGAUGACAUGUUCAGGUCUAUGGAUAUAGAUCUUAUUAGAGAAUCUAGACUUGAAAGUUUGGUUGAGCCAAUGAUAUGGCACUACUUACCAGAAUUCAGGAUAUCCUUGGAUUUAUUGGACAAGUAUUCCAGUAUUUUUCCAUCUAUCUGGGCUGCGUCUUCAUUCAAAGGUGCUACUGGUCCCCGGCAGGUCAUCACGAGUAUAAACCACCAUCUCUACAACCACCGCUCUUGGAUCAAAUUUCUCAUUGGUGGCAAGCGACUGUCAAAGUUCAAGACAUUCCGUGGUUAUGCCAUAACAGGCUGGCAAAGGUAUGACCAUUAUGCCACCCUGUGUGAGUUACUACCAGAAGCUAUCCCAUCCUUGUUCGUCUGCCUCCAGACUCUGAAAAAUGGUGAGUUCACCGAUCAGAUGCAUUCUUCCAUAUCCCGAAAACUUGGAUUCUCAGAACCUGUUGAACUAGAGGUCUAUCCAAGGCCAAAACCUGUACCCAAAGCACUUAGUUUCCCAGGCCAAGAAAUCUACAGAGGGUGCAUGAUGCUAGCCAACUACAAAGUGAACCUGCAGAGAUUGUUGGAACAUGAUAUUUACCAGGGCUGGUUCGGUGAGUGGCAGAUGGGCCACAACUUCACUAAUCCCCUGUGGGUAGAGGAGCUCCUUAGUGGACAUAUUAAUAGUCUUCGUGGAAACUUUAUUUCUCUGAGGGACCAAAUGCAGGUGGCGCUAGUGCAGGUGUACGAUGAGUCAACAGUGGAGGAGUGGUUGGAGACACAUCUACUGCCAGAUUUUAGGAAGGUGGAAAAGAUGGCGGAAACUGCUCUCAUGCAGAGGCAGAUUGGAGCCAGAGUAAAGGACUAUCGGUUUGGAAAAAACAAGUGAUAUACUACAAUGGGCUGCUCGGAGUUGUUAUGAUUGGGCCUGAUGCAUUGUAGUUUCUUUUUAUCUCCUGUCAUAGAAAUUAUGGCAAAUAAGGGCAAUUUUACAGAAUAAUAAUAUGUUAAAUCUUACCCCGUUUUCGAAAGCUUCUUCAUACAACUGUAGUACAGACUGUGAUAUGCCUAACCGUGGUGUGAAUGGUACUAUUAAUAAUUGAAGCCGCGUGGACGAUUUGAUAUGUCCGAUGGUCAUGUAUUGUAGAUAGUUAACUUACUUUUAAUAAUUAUUAUUGUGAUGUCUGUUGGUUUAUUAGGCUAGAUAGGCAAGGAUACAUUUGGAGACCAAAACACUACAGUCUACAUUGGGUUAACCAUAUUGGAUUCUCUUUCCAGCCUUUCCAACUCCAAUUCCACCAUGGGGCAGAUGGAGUAAGGCACCUUCCUUGCCUUGCAGAAUUUCGGAGUCACAUUCUCCUCUUGUACAGUUCAGUACAGGUGUAGUCGGUCUACAUUCCCCUUUAAAUGUCCAACUUUGUCGGAGUACAGUUCCGGGAACUUUUCGAUCAGAUUGUCAACACGCCCUAGCAUCGUUUCGUCUGCGCGUGACGUCACGUUCGUAAUCGCGUGUACCUCCAUGCCGAAUAUCUUGUUCCACGAUAGUUUGAUCUUUCCCAGCCACGACCUACCGAAUAAGGGAGGCCCUCCCUUUUCUACAACGUAUAGUUCGUCGUUCGCCUUAUGACCAUUGUAAGUAAUGUGCACUUUGUACAAACCGAGGCACUUAAUUCUCUCGCCUGAAUGCGUUGCGAAAUCGUCCUUAGCGUCGCCUAGCUUCGCGCCAGGGAAAUACUUCAUGAAAUCUUGUUGCUUCAUGCUGCUGUUUGAAGCCCCCGUGUUCCAGUUCCAUGGAAACCUUAACAUCGUUUAGAUACGGGCGUACCCGGUAGGGCUUUGUUGAUGAAUUGACCUUAUUUACUCGCAUGUGCUGAAUGCCGCUGUAUUGUAAAUCAUCAGAUUCUUCCGACUGUUGGUCAACAUUGUGAACCUUUCGCUAUUGUUGUUUUCUGCGAUCGGUUUGUUAGGUUUUCUUCACCGUGCUGUUUUUCUUUUUGAAACGAGCUUUCUCAAUGUGGCCCUCAACUGAACAAAAGUUACAUUUCGUUUUUAGCUCAUCUGACGUAGUCAGAUGCAGCUUGUAGAAUCGCAUGAUUGUCCGUGCAUGUGUCUGCGCG